AUGCAUUGUUGCAGCAGCAUCCUUGGCCUUGGUCGCAGUCGCAGUCGAGUGCUGCUGCUGCUGGCUGUUGCAUUGCUCGCUGUCAUUCUGGCGCUGCAGACGACCGUCGCCAAUGCCGCUGACUCUGGCUCUGGCUCUGACUCUGGCAAUGCAGCUGCCGACGAGUCCAUGCUGCUACACAGUGACGCUGGGGAUCGACCUGCUAUCGAUGGCGAUGGCAGUGACCGUGGUCGCAAUGCAGCGGCCAGCAAUCAAUGCAGCGACAUUGCGGAUUCGCAGCCAACGACCGUCGCUCAGCCGGCCGCCGCACCGCCACAGCGACGACAACAAGCCAAGCAGCGGGUUGUGCUCGACAGCCAGAACAAGGACGCGGGGCGCCGUGACCGAGCUCAGCCACAGCCACAGUCACAGCCACGCCGACGCUCAGCCAACCACGCUGGGUCGCCGCCUCCUGUGCUCUCGCCGGCCGCAGCGCAGUUGGCUGCAGUGUCCACCCCUCGAGGUGCACUCGCGAGACUGACUGCGUGGAUUGACAACGCCGGACUCGAGAUCAACAGCAAUGCUCGACCGGGUCUGAACGAUGUGGACGAACUGUACUUGUUUGCGUCGAAUCCGAUCGAAGCCGCGACGCUGGUUGCAACGGUGCCUGCCCCGCUCGUCAUGUUCGAGACAUAUCUCCGAACGCUGGAAAAUCCAAUGAUUCUCGCCAUCGACCGCCGAUUCAAGACAAUGUCCGUGCCGGAUCCUUCGUACGCACUGGCAAUGGCGUUGCUCUACGAGAGCUACGAGCCAAAGUCAAUGUGGCGCGAGUGGAUCUCUAGCCUUCCUCAAACGCUCGACAGUACAGUGUUCUGGUCUGCCGAAGAGCAAGACGCUCUUCAGUCGCUUCCCCUGAAACGCAAAACUCAAAUCCUAGAGCGCCACUUGCAGCAACUGUACAACGCAACCACGCCCAGGCUUCUAGCUGCAUUCCCCCACAUAUUCGCAGGAGGGAACUAUUCUUAUGAAAUGUUCAAGUGGGCCUACAUGAUUGUGGACAGCCGGUCGCUCACAUUUUCAACCGGCCCCGACACUCUUCCGCAAAUCAUGCUAGCGCCUCUUGUAGACUUGCUGCACCAUGACCCGGUUCAGACCAACAUUCAGCUCGGCGUCCAUCCAGAGGAAGUGCUUGGAUUUGAGAUUUCGCUGAAAACUACUCGAGCAAUCAAAAAGGGCGAGCCUCUCGUGCGACACAUUGGCGAACUUCCAAACCACCAGCUGCUGCUUCGGUUUGGACUCGCGAUGCCGCGCAACCCUUACGAGUUUUACCCAAUUCUCUUGGGAUCUUCUGUUCUCCGAGCACUGACUCGAAGCAACGAGCGAGUUCGAGUGCUAUCUCAUGCCAAGUUGAAUGUAACCACGUCCGAGUUCCAGUUCUAUCUCGAACAUCCAAUCAUCGACCCGGAUUUACUGUUUACUCUGCGCGUACUUUUCGCCGACAGCCACGAGCUGGAUUUAAUCAAGUCGAGCGCGUUGAUCGCCGAAAAGGUCGUGUCAUACACGAAUGAGCGUCGUGUCAUUGCUAAAAUCGAAGAGCUGGCGGUGCAAGCAAUCAACCUGUGCGACACGACUUGGGAGACGGACGCCAAAGAGCUCUACUCGAUCAAGGCCGAUGUCAAGUCGCGAAAAUGGAAGGCCCUUGUGUACCGAGUCAGCCAGAAGGCAAUUUUGGAUGCAGUAUUGCGGUGGGCAGACGAACAGAAGGCCGCCAUGGCAGUCCUGGCCAACGAGCAUUUGCAACAAGUGCUCGAGCAAGCCGCCAAGCAACGAGCACAGCAACAACAACAACAGCAGCAGCAGCAACAACAGCGCUCCCAUUCUCGCUCAUCCACGAGCGAAUUCGGCAUUCGGUCAGACACCAUUUAUGCUCGUGACGAUUUGUAA